AUGGCGAUUGCAACCAUUAUUACAAAGCCCUUCAGCAGCGGGGUUUCGAAGCUCCGCCACCUCCGCUCCAAGCCAAGCACCUCCGCCCCUCCACUACCGUCGCCGAAAUCCGGCGGCAGAGAAGAUGAAUUCCGGCGGGUUUUCCGGUUCUUAGACACCGACAACGACGGAAGCAUAUCGGCGGACGAGCUGACGGCCUACUUCGGCAGCGUGGGGGAGGCGGUGUCGCGGGAGGAGGCGGAGCGGAUCAUCGGGGAGUGCUCGGGAGGCGGGUCGUUGCUGCUCAGGUUCGAGGAGUUCGUGAGGGUGAUGGAGGGAGGCGCGGACGAGGAGGUUCUCCGGCAGGCAUUCGAGGUGUACGAGGAGGAGAAGGGGAGCGGCUGCAUCACGGCGGAGGGGCUCAGGCAGGUGCUCGCCCGCCUUGGCCACGUCAAGUCGCUUCGUGAAUGCGAGGCCAUGAUUGGUGUCUAUGAUCUUGAUGGCAAUGGGGUUCUUGAUUUCCAUGAGUUUUCGAAGAUGAUGACUUGA